AUGUCUGAAGUGAAGAUCCUGUUACACACUGCAACUAAGUUUUUCAACUCAAGGAAGAUGAAGGAGGAGCCUAAGAGGCUGAUUUUUGGUUCCACUCCAAUUAUAUUAUUACUUAUUCUCCCUUUGAUCUGUGUUGGUGUUGAUUUCGUUUGGGGGAAUACUACUCAUUUCAAUCGAUGGACACAAUACUUUUCUAGUUCAGAAACUGAUUUCAGUGGAAUGGUGAAUCCAACAGUCGAAGAGCCCGAGUCCUUGGAAUUUCUUUUAUCGAGAUUAGUCAGAGGGAAAGAUCGAAGAAAUCUUGAAGCGACUGGCUUUGCAUGUGACAAGGCUGUUCAUUCUGUUGUUUGUGUUGCAAAUCAACCUGUAAGGAUUGAUACCAGCAAUAUGACAGUAUAUGUUUUUUCUGAUGGAGUUGUGGAACAAGAAACCGUGGUUCGGCCUUAUGCAAGACAGGAGGACGAUCUUAAGGUUAUGUCUCAUUUGUCGGAUUAUGAGGUCAUGAACCCGGCUGCAAAUGGAAGUGUUCAUUGCUUUCCAGGAUCAGUAGUAGGGCUUAAAUACCAUGACAAUUUAGCCUUGAAUUCGAGUGACAUUCCAGGAGGGCAUUCGAUGCGUGAAUUUAGGCAUUUCCUUAGAGAAGCAUACGGUCUGAGGUUCAGGCAUGUCAGUCAAAUUAAAAAGCCCAGGUUAAUGCUUUUAUCUCGUAGAAAUACUAGAAGGUUCUUGAAUGAAGAUGAAAUGGUUACGAUGAUGGGAGAAUUAGGCUUUCAAGUGAUUGUGGUUGCAAGAUCAAAGCUGGUAUCGAAUUUGAAUAAAUUUUCCCAAUUGAUUAACUCGUGUAGCGUCAUGGUUGGAGCACACGGGGCUGGACUUACGAAUGAGUUGUUUUUGCCUUCUGGGGCUGUUAUGGUGCAAGUAGAAAUACUUGGUACAGAAUGGCCCUCAAACACCUAUUACGGGAAUACUGCUCGUCCAAUGGGUGUACAUUACUUGAGGUAUAAGAUUGAGCCGGAGGAGAGCACACUUUUAAAAUUGUAUGGAAGAAAUCAUUCAGUCAUCGCUGAUCCCGGAUCUCUCUUCAGAAAUGGGGGCUACCGUGCAGCCAGGACCGUGUUUCUUGAUCAGCAGAAUGUGAGGAUCAAUCUUGCAAGGUUUAGGAACACACUUGUUGAAGCGCUUAGUCUUGUUACAGACUCGGAUUUCUAA